AUGGUACAGCCCUCAGUUCUCAGUAGUGACCAGCAGUUCUUAUUGGCACUAAAAAAUGGACUGGCUAAGUCUGUCCAUCUUCAUGAGAAGUUGAUAAAGUUUGACGAGGUUGGAGUAAAAGCAUUUGCUGCUCGAAUGCCUAACAUUUUGAGGCAUGCAGGAUUUAAAGGCAUUGUGCUGGAGAUUUUAGCUUCAUUUUGUAGUGGUCUGGAAGUUGUUUACCAAAACCUUCUGCAGACGCCACACGAGUUAACUGGUGAUGAGUACAAACAUCUACCUUUUAUUGAAGACAAGCCUAAGCUAAAAUUUGUCCAGACAAUGUCUGAGAAGCAAGCUGGCAAAACUGAUGAAAAUGACGAUGAGCAAAUUGACAAGGGCAGGUUACAUGGAAAUGAAAUUUGUACUUACAAUUUUCAGGAGGAAGCGACUGAAGACGUAGCAGGGCAGGGUACUAUACUUUGCAAUGCACGAAUCAACGUGGAGGAGGCCUCCGAAGCAGAAGUCAUGAUGUUAACUGAGAACCUUUUAACGUUUGCAAAGGAUAACUUCAGUGCCGCGAAAGGUACAAUUUUAACGAAAGAUUAUGCCAAGAAGUUCAAAGAAGUUAGUUCUCCAUUGCCCAGAGUUGAUUUCCAUUUAAAGUUUAUUCGAGCAACGUUCGUUUCGUGGUCACGUUCUGAUCCCAGAGUUAGCAAAGAAAUUUUGAAGGGUAAAGUUUUACCAAGUUCGUCAAGCAAUUGCUUUUCGUUUCAAUCUACCAAAUCUGAAUCGUACGAGAGUAAAAGACUUUUGAUAGCAUUCUCUGAUGUUCUUGGUUUGGAAGUGACUGAAGAUUCCUUGAGUCUAGAUGUCAUGUCACUACCAAAGUUUGAGAAGAAGGUUCGAAGGCAGAUUUGUAUCACUGAAGCAGAAGUCAAUCAGACGUCGAGUGGCAAAUGGAUGGAGGAAUGUAUCCUGGCAAGUGAAAAACCACCAUACCGGAUUACGGUACGACUGAUGCGUCAAAAUGAGCCUAAAUUGAGCCAGCUGAAAGAGCUGCUACAAAAAAUUCCAUCCUUGAAGCGAGCAGCCGAUGGAGGCCCUCAGGCAACUUACCAACCAAGCUCGCACGUCCAUGGAAAUCCCGAGGAAAGGUAUCCCGUCUUGAAAGAUCCGGCUCUCGUCAGAGCCGGGCAGCUCGCUUGUGUACGUCUCUUAAGCACAUUACCAUCGCACAAUAAAACCGACUACGUCGUCAAAAUGUAGUCCCUGAUUGGAAUGAAAUUUAACAGUCUUCAGCGGGAAAGAAUCAAGCGCUGAGUCUAGAAUACUAUCCCAGGAUUGGACUCACAGAAGACAUCCAAGUAAGUAAAAUUUUCACCUUUCACUUUCAGUCUUAAUAAGAACAAAUAGCUGUCUUUCGUAACAUUUCUUUGUCGCAAACUUUCCCGCAUGGCGGCCGA